AUGUCUCAAACCUUCACUCCCGCCGACGUGGCUGCCCACAACUCCGCCGACAAAGGCCUCUACAUUAUCGUCGACAGCAACGUCUACGAUGUGACCAAGUUCAUCGAUGAGCACCCCGGCGGCGCAAAGAUCUUGAAGCGCGUAGCCGGCAAGGAUGCCAGCAAGCAAUUCUGGAAGUACCACAACGAGUCCGUGCUGAAGAAGUACGCGCCCAAGUUGAAGAUCGGCGAAGUCAAGGAUGCCGCGAAGCUGUGA